CAAUGACAGUGACGUUCUCAGUGCAUAAAUCACCGCCCAAAACGCAGUUGUUGACCUUCAACGUACAGCAAGCUAGCGUCUAUUCUACUGCUUGUGACAUCUUUUUGCACAGACAGUGUGCUUCAGAGACCUUCUAGGGGGUUACCAUCUAGCAGCCUGUGUUCCACUUCGAAUUUAACUUGUACAACCGGACUUCAGCAAGUUCCUCAACUGACGCAACAAUACACAUUGUUGCAGCUUCAACAUGGACAAUUUCGAGGACGAAAAUCCGUUCGAGACCGAUGCUGAUCGUGUACCCUCUGAAACAUCGUCCACAUCGAAGGUGAACAUAUCUGCGCCCUCUUCUCCCCCCCAUCCCGCUCGGGUACUCUCACCAACAAGCCCAGCACCGAGUCGUCCAUUUCCUUCGUCUGGAACCAACAGGCAUCCACAGACGACAUACAAGAGUGAUUUUUGUUGCGGACGGGACCAGUGGCUGCAUUCUGGGGAGGACCUCGAGAUUCUUAUAACGGAUGCGCAGAAGACGUCUUUGAACUCGAACACGCCGUAUAUUGCCUAUAUUAUCCGUGCAGGUAACGCGGAAGCGAAACAUCGGUACUCGGAAUUCGAGUCCCUACGGUCAAGCCUUGUGAGGUUGUAUCCGACCCUCAUCAUUCCACCAAUUCCAUCAAAGCAAACUAUUGGUGACUAUGCCACGAAGCAGGCAAAGGCCAAGGAGGAUGCUGCGAUGAUCGCACGACGGAAGCGAAUGCUGCAAACUUUCUUAAACCGCAUCGCUCGCCACCCAAUUUUGUCAAAUGAGCAUGUAUUCCAUCGUUUUCUCGACGGUGAGGUGUCUUGGGCGGAAGUGCUACAUUCACCUCCUCUGUCCCUCCUUCCGAAGAAUACCCUCAAAGCACCUUCACACAACCCGACAGACCAGAAUGCCUCUUCUGCUUACGCUGCACUUCCAAAUCCAUCGGCAACACACCCAUUAAGAAAUCCUGAUCAACGGUCUGUAGACUCUGAGAUAUUUACCAACAAAUUCGCAAACCAUCUCAGUGGACCGAUGGAGAAGGUCACUCGGAGAACCUUGAAGCGAUGGUCAGAGAAUGCUCAGGAUUAUUCAGAACUCGGAGCUGCUCUGAACGGAUUUAGCUUGAACGAAAGUGGCGCACUGGCCGCUGCCAUGGAGAAGACGGGACAAGCCGUUGACGCAACAUACAUGUCGACAACUAGACUUCUCCAGGAACUUGAACAGAACUUUUCUGAGCCUCUCCACGAAUACGCGCAAUUCGCCGUGAUUAUCAAGAAGCUGCUUGCAUAUCGUCACCAAAAGCACGUUCAGUACGAGAUGACCCAGGACGCACUGGAGAACAAGCGUGAACUGCUAGAAGAAUACGAAAAGAGCGAACGAGAGGCAAAGAGGUUGGAGGAGGCGUUAUCCAAAGGUCGUGUCAAUGGCCCGCGGACGCCAAGCAGCCCUGCCGAGGGCGAAGAAGGCCAAAGUCAGACUCAAGGUGAGGCUGAGGAACCGGGUUCAGCAUUUCUGCCCCCGCAUCCAGGUCCCAGCCCAUACAAACGGCGAGCACCUGGUAUGGGCUUUUUAAAUGCUUUAAGUUACACGCUCCACGGGAUGAUGGACGUUGAUCCCGAAACGGCGCGUCGUAGUGGCAUUAGCAAGACGCGGGAGACCAUCUCGCAGCUGGAAGACGCUCUGCACCUCUCAGCACAAGAUCUCAAGUACUCGAGCUCGACGAUCCAGGCUGAUUUAGAUCGCUUCCAGAGACAGAAAGUCGCCGACUUAAGAGAGAUGAGUAUUAGCAUGGCGAGGGUUCACAGGGACUGGUGCAAGAAGAACCUCGAGGCCUGGCAAGCGGCGAAGAAGGAGAUUGAGAAAAUUCCAGAUCAUCCGAAUAAGAGACCUCCUUCUCCAGAUGUCCGUCCAGUACCUGGCCCUUCGGGCUUACGGAGGGACUCAACUGCCACAGUGAAUGGGCGGUGAUAACGAGAGCAUACAAGACAUUAUUAGAUGUUCGUUGUCCUUUUUUCUCGAACAUCUAAGAUUUUUUUUUCGGUCGUACUUCAUUUGUUUCUUCGUCUACACCCUGUUGAAUGUGCUUUGGUCGAAUUAUAUUAAAUGCUCUGGAAGAUACUUCACCCCUCAAUUUCAUGUGGUAGCUCCGCGAGUGGUCGCGAGAUUCAUUCAAUCGCU